UGAUAGUGGACUGGAUGGGUUAGGAGGACCAGGUGUACAACUAGGAAGCCCAGAUAAGAAAAAGCGCAAGACAAAUACCCAGAAGCAGCAAUUUCAUAUGGUACAAGGGAAUAAUAAGGUUUUCUCCAUUUACCUGUGACUAGUUAGAGAUUCGCUUGGACUGCGGCUGAGAGAUAAGACCUUAGGCAACGGUAACGCUCCCGCCAGAGGCACCCAGGCAGUGCAACCGAGCGGGCGUGAGUCUUCCCCAGCCUCUCCGGACGCCUCCCGGGAUGCCCCUGCAGGUUAGCGACUACAGCUGGCAGCAGACGAGGACUGCGGUCUUCAUCUCUGUGCCCCUGAGAGGCGUCAGCGUCAGGGACGCGGACGUGUUCUGCACGGAAAACUAUCUGAAGGUGAACUGUCCUCCAUUUUUAUUUGAGGUGUUUCUCUAUGCUCCCAUAGACGAUGAGAGCAGCAAAGCCAAGAUUGGGAAUGACACUAUUGUUUUCACUUUACACAAAAAAGAAGCGGCCAUGUGGGAGACCCUUUCUCUGUCAGGUGUUGACAAAGAGAUGAUGCAAAGAAUAAGGGAGAAAUCUAUCCUACAAGCACAAGAAAGUGCAAAAGAAGCUAUGGAAGCAAAAGCUUCGGCAAGGCGGGAAGAUCAAAAAUACACACUAAAUGUCAUGAUGAAGAUUGAAGAAGAAGAGAGGAAAAGAAUAGAAGAUAUGAAAGAAAAUGAACGGAUAAAAGCAACUAAAGAAUUGGAAACCUGGAAAGAACAUCAAAGAAAAGCUGAAGAACAUAAAAUAAUUCAGAGAGAAGAAAAAUUAUAUCAACAAGAAAAGCAAAUUGAAGAAGAGAGAAAAAAAUUAAAACAUAAAGGUCUUACUAGGAAUUCAGUAUCUAGAAAUCUUGCCACAAAAGGGAGAAAUUCAGAAAUUAUAUUUUUUGAGAAGUUAAAGGAAGACAGUAUUCCUGCUCCUCGCUCUGUCGGCAAUAUUAAAAUCAACUUUACCCCUCGAGUAUUCCCAACUGCUCUCCGGGAAUCACAGGUAGCAGAAGAAGAGGAGUGGCUACAUAAACAAGCAGAGGCUCGAAGAGCAAUGAAUACUGACAUUCCUGAACUUUGUGAUUUAAAAGAAGAGGAAAAGAACCCAGAAUGGUUGAAGGACAAAGGAAACAAAUUGUUUGCAACAGAAAACUAUUUGGCAGCUAUUAAUGCAUACAACUUAGCCAUAAGACUAAAUAAUAAGAUUCCACUACUGUAUUUGAAUCGGGCUGCUUGCCAUCUGAAACUGAAAAACUUACACAAGGCCAUAGAAGAUUCUUCUAAGGCACUAGAAUUAUUGACACCACUUGUUGCAGACAAUGCUAAUGCAAGAAUGAAGGCACAUGUACGACGUGGAACAGCAUUCUGUCAACUAGAAUUGUAUGUAGAAGGCCUACAGGAUUAUGAAGCUGCCCUUAAGAUUGAUCCAUCCAACAAAAUUGUACAAAAUGAUGCUGAGAAGAUUCGGAAUAUAAUUCAAGGAACAGAACUAAAAUCUUAAUGACUACUAGAAGCAACUAGGUAUUGUUCUAAGUUUUAGAAAAAUAACUGGAGGCAUUAGGAAUCUGUGCGUAUUACGGCUGAUUAUACAGAAUCACUUUCUCUUUAGUUCUGUACAGGGCAGAAUAUUAUAAAUCUGUAGAAAAUGAAAUGUUUGAUUUCAGUGGUUCUUGAAUAAGUAAAUCAA